UUUGGUUUUUAUAAUAAAAAGUUGAAAUUUGUGCCCUUUUCAAGUCUUUCUUCAUCAUCUUCAUUCUCAUUCUCAUUUCCAUCCUCUGCUUGCUCUCUUCUCACAGCCCCAUCCUCUUUAAUUACCAUCUCCAAUCCCCUGAACCAGGAUUUAUACCAUUGCGAUUCCGCAAUCCAACACUACUAUCUCUCUAGUUUCCUUUCUUCAUUAGGAAAGAGCAAAAGCAUUCUUUUAUGGUAAAGUUUCGAUUUUUCAAAUUCAUACACUGUCGGAUUCAUACCCUUUUCGCUCCGGGUCUGGAAUUUGGGUUUUUGAGGUUUCUACGGAGUCAAUUCGAGUCUGCGGAAACUCAAUUUGAUAGACUCGUUUCAAAAUGUUGCUUAAGGGUUUUCUUUUGUUCAUGGAUUGAAGUUUUGCUUAAACCAGUUACGAGGUUUCUUGGUUCUUCCAUGUAUCCCCAUCAAUUGAAUUAUAUGUCUUUUAGCCAAUAAUUCUGAUAAACGUCAAGAGGUAGUUUCGUUAAGCUUUAGAAAUGGGAUGCUUUGCAUCAAGGCCGAAUGAUACUGGUGGAAACAGAAGAAAGCCAACGAGCAUCGGAGAUGUUUCAGUAUAUGUACCUGGUUUAAGGAUACCUAAGCCCGUGGAGUUUUCUCAGUCACUGGGUGAUCAAUUGCCAAAGACUCUAGUGGAGCGCUUGACAGCUUUAAGAACGAGAAUAGUUGUGAUGGCAAAUCAAGAAGGACCAACUAUAACAAGAACCAGGAGGAAGACACAGCAUGGAGGUUCUACGCUCGCAGAUCUCCAUCACGCUUUGGAAGAUUAUAUACCGGUUCUCUUAGGAUUAACUAAAGAUGGUAGCCAUUUACAAUUCAAAGUACAGUUUAAUUGGGUAAAUCAGGAAGAUGAAGAAGAGGAAACAGCCAUGUCAAAUGUUUGGUAUGAAAUAUUGUCGGUUUUGCAUCUAAUGGCAAUGUUACAAAUGUCACAAGCCAAUUUACUGCUUCUUCCUAGAGGUUCCAGUGAUGGCUAUCAUCCAAAAAUAUCAGAAGAAAAUAGGCGAGCUUCAAUCGAUAUCUUCUUAAAAGCAGCUGGAUACCUGGACUGUGCUGUGAAGCAUGUUCUUCCUCAUUUUUCAACCGAGCAGAGGAGAAGUUUACCAAUUGACCUAGCAGAAGGAGCUUUACGUGCACUUUGCUUGCAAGCAUUAGGCCAGGGUGUUGAUAUCCAACUUGGGAUGGCGAUUGAUAGUGCAAAAGCCACUCUUGCCGUGAAGCGAAGACUUUCAUGUGAAAUGGUGAAAUACUGGCAGCAGGCACAAGAUAACUUAAUGAAUCUUCCAUUAGCAAACGGGUGGGGCGAAAAGCAUAUGCUCUUUGUUAAGUGGAAGUAUGUUGAAGCUAAGGCUGCAGCUUACUACUACCACGGUCUGAUUCUUGAUGAAGGAAAUACAGAGAAAUCACAUGGCAUGGCGGUUGCUGCUUUACAGGCUGCAGAUGAGUGUUUGAAAGAAAGUAAGAAAGCAAGUGAGGCGUUUAACACCUCUUCACCCACGUCAAGGACUCCUUCACUUUUCGGGACAAUGAAAUAUCUAUCAGAGAAAAUACCAAAAGAAACUUCAAGUAAAGUCAGGAUAAACCGUGAUCUAUACUCUUAUGAAAAGAUCAUGGAGACAGCACCAACGCUUCCUGAUUUUGCCUUGGCAUUGAAACCCGAUGAGUACCAACUUCCUUCUGUUGAUGCGUCAUGGUCUGAAGCCAGUCUACGGACUAAAAACACAUCAAAUCACAUAUAGGGCAACCAAAGAUAGAGCAGUGAAUAGAAUGCAUAUCAACACCUUAUAGAGUUACAAUGCCAAUGGCCGCCAUAGAAACACAAAUGGUAUAGCUCUAUAACUACCCUAGUGAUUCUCCAAAUGUCAAAUAAUAUAUGGGUGUGAAAAAAGUACCGAAUUGGAUUAGUUUUCAGGUAAAAAUAUGGGAAGAUGUCGUCUGUUUUCUCUGUAUGUUGUUGUAAUUUUGUAUGUUUAGUGCAAUAAAAUUCGAUUCUUUCUGUUCCACAUUC